AUGUUGAUUAAGUUGCAGCAUGAAGGAAGCAUUCAGUCAAGAUGGAAGACGUUGGCACUUCACCUUUUCAACAUCAAGGUAGCCUGCAGCCUGUGCAAGGGCAAGCGCUCCCGGUCAUGGUGGACAGGUGAGACGGAAUCUCAGAUCCUAGGAGGAGCGGGAGAAGGAGAAAAAGCAGCCGAGGGGAAAGAAGCAGCUGGAUCUGUGGACCGCAAGGCGGUGUCUUUUGCGUAUAAAGUGAUUCAAGUUUUGUGUAUAAAGACCAGAAAGAAGAGCAUACUCAUAUGCCUUUACUUCGCUUCUGAGUUUUCGCAGUCCAGUCCACUCACCGCUUCGAUCUCGGCGAAUCUGUACUCAUCCGUGCCAACUCAUCACUUUUUCUUUCAGCUGAGAAGUGGAUAUGAGUGGUGGCUGGGGUGGAAGCGGCAAGGGAGUUGGAUGAAUGAUGGAUCGGUGAGUAUCAUCUUGCUUCUUGCCGCCGAAGCGAUGCUGCAGCUAGCCACGGGAUUGAGCUGUUGGCUGAUGUUGAGCACCGCUACCAAGAAACGGGUAUCAUUCGAACGUGAUUUGACCAUGUAUAUGAUGACUCCAUGCGUAGUUUCCCGCAUCCCAUCCAAAUAUACACAUGUAUCUUGA